AUGCGGCUGGUGCUCUACAAACAACUCAUCACACUAUCCUCUCUGUGUCCGGCCUGGUUCUUAGCCCAGUCCAUUACAUCCAACACCUACCAACAGGGCAAAGACAUGGACAGCUCGUGUACCCUGACAAGUGCCCUGCUGCCCCCGGAGCCCCUCACUCACCUCGGCCGGCUGGAGAGCGCGGAGGGGCGGCUGCGGAGCCGAGCGGAAGGCGGGCGGAGGACACCCCCGUGCUGCUGGUACAGAUCCAAUCCAGAUCAACUUGACCUUCUCCGGGACGGAGUGCGUAGAUAUCUGCAGCUCCCAGCUGACCAGACUGUGCUUAUACUGCAUGCAAAAGUCGCACAGAAAUCAUACGGCAGUGAAAAAAGGUUUUUCUGCCCCCCACCUUGUGUUUAUCUGACUGGACCAGGAUGGAAACUGAAGCAGGAACAGAUGAAAGCGAGGGAUUUGGGAGAGGCUGGUUUCAGGGUGUGCGGGUACAUGGGCCUGGACAGCAUGGGCAGCAGCCACAUGGAGACCCAGAAACUCAACUUUGAGGAGCAGCCAGACUCCAAGGAGUUCAGCUGUGCCAAAGCGCUCUACAUCUCAGACACGGAGAAGAGGAAGCAUUUCCGGUUGGUUCUGAAGCUCUUCUUCAGCAAUGGGCAGGAGAUUGGCACUUUCCAUAGCAAGCUGAUCAAAGUGAUUUCCAAACCCUCUCAGAAGAAGCAGUCCCUGAAGAACACAGACUUGUGCAUCUCAUCUGGGUCCAAGGUUUCCCUCUUUAACCGCCUCCGUUCCCAGACAGUCAGCACCCGUUAUCUAUCCGUAGAGGGUGGCACCUUCAUCGCUAGCGCAAGGCAAUGGGCAGCGUUCACACUGCACCUGGCUGAUGAGCACUGCAUCCGGGGUGAGUUCCCACUGCGGGAAGGGUACAUUCGCUACGGCUCCGUAGUCCAGCUCAUCUGCACAGCCACCGGCAUUACCCUGCCUCCCCUGAUCAUUCGGAAAGUCACCAAGCAGUACGCCAUGCUGGAUGUGGAUGAGCCCAUCUCCCAGCUCCACAAGUGCGCUUUCCAGUUCCAGGGCAGCAACCGGAUGUACCUGUGUCUCUCAACCGAGAAAGUGAUCCAGUUCCAGGCAUCUCCGUGCCCAAAGGAAGCGAACCGUGAGCUGCUGAACGAUGGCUCCUGCUGGACAAUAAUUGGAACGGAGACUGUGGAGUACACGUUCAGUGACCGCCUGGCCUGCAUUCAGGAUCCCGUGAGCCCAGUCCCACUUAUAACCAUGCUGGAGCUGACUGGCGGAGGGGACGUGGCGAUGCUGGAGGUGCAGGGCGAGUACUUCCAUGCAAAUCUGAAGGUCUGGUUUGGAGAUGUGGAAGCUGAGACUAUGUACAGGACCCCCAAGUCCUUAGUGUGUGUGGUCCCUGAUGUCUCGGCAUUUGGCAGCGACUGGCGAUGGCUGAGAUACCCCAUCACUGUCCCACUCUCGCUCAUAAGGAACGAUGGGCUGAUCUACUCCAGCUCGUUCACAUUUACUUACACCCCAGAGCAGAGCUUCCUCCCUGCCCUACAGGUCCUUCCAGAGCUGACACAGGACUCUGAUUCCUUACUCAACAGCAUCCAUCAGGAAUUCACUCGGACCAAUUUUCACCUCUUCAUGCAGAGCUAGCAAGCCUGGAAUGGUGGAGGAUCUUCAUAGAAACAGGGCUUGGAACAAGGUCUGCCAGCAUCCCUGAAACUGACAUUAACACUGAGAGAUUGGUACAAACAUCCCUGUGGUCUGUAAGACAUGGGGUUUGCCCCCUCCCAAGUGCUCUAUCUGUCCAUAAAAUACCCAGUCUAUUCUUU